ACAACUCUACUGGGCUUCCUUACAGACCAAACAUUCUAAGCCCAACACAUCUUAAAUCGCUGUUCCAACAAAUCAAUGUUCCUAAGCUGUUUGGCUCUUUGUCUCACAACAAAAACCCUAGUUGCCUCUCUGCUUCAGCUUCGGUCGUAGAAUCCCCGUCCGAGAAAAUGCCUUUCAAGAGGUACGUUGAGAUUGGAAGAGUUGCUCUUGUCAACUACGGAAAAGACUAUGGUAAACUCGUUGUUAUCGUUGAUGUCAUCGACCAAACCAGAGCUCUUGUUGAUGCUCCGGAUAUGGAGAGGUCUCCUUUGAAUUUCAAGAGGCUCUCACUCACUGACAUCAAGAUUGAUAUUAAGAGGGUCCCAAAGAAGAAGGAUCUCAUCAAAGCCAUGGAGGCUGCUGAUGUUAAGAACAAGUGGGAGAAGAGCUCAUGGGGAAGAAAACUUAUUGUGAGGAAGACUAGGGCAUCCCUCAAUGAUUUUGAUAGGUUCAAGAUAAUGUUGGCAAAGAUCAAGAGGGCAGCCGUUGUUAGGCAAGAGCUUGCUAAGCUGAAGAAGACCGCAUCUUAGGCAUAUUAAUGGUUAAUUUUUGAAUUUUUCAAUGAAUUUCUUUUGAUUAGUACACCUUAGUUUGUUAUAUGAGAUUUUGUGUAAUCAUUGAGUGACUUCCAAGAAUGGUUUGUUUCGAGAGCUCAUAUUAGUGAAUUGAUGUUAGUUCUUUAUGAUUUCAUAUUUUGGUUUUCAAGAUGUUCUCAGACUAAUAGAAAUCUUAAGCCGCAAAUGAUGCAAAAUUCAUUUUUUAAAGUCA